CCCCACGCCAUCCGCCUGGAGGGUGACCUGACGCUGGGGGGGCUGUUCCCGGUGCACGCCCGCGGCCCCGCCGGCGUCCCCUGCGCGGUGAAGAAGGAGAAGGGGAUCCACCGGCUGGAGGCCAUGCUCUACGCCCUGGACCGCGUCAACGGCGACCCGCGCGUGCUGCCCAACCUGACGCUGGGCGCGCGCAUCCUGGACACCUGCUCCCGCGACACCUACGCCCUGGAGCAGGCCCUCAGCUUCGUCAGGAGCCUCCUGCCCCCCGAGGGGGGCGAGGGCAGCUGCCCCGACGGCUCGGCCCCGCGCCGGCCCCCGCCGGAGAGGCUGGUGGGGGUCAUCGGAGCCUCGGCCAGCUCCGUGUCCAUCAUGGUGGCCAACGUGCUGCGGCUCUUCGCGAUCCCCCAGAUCAGCUACGCCUCCACGGCCCCGGAGCUGUCUGACCCCGGCCGUUACGAGUUCUUCUCGCGGGUGGUGCCCCCGGACUCGUACCAGGCUCAGGCCAUGGUGGCCGUGGUGCGGGCGCUGGGCUGGAGCUACGUCAGCACCUUGGCCUCCGAGGGCAACUACGGCGAGAGCGGCGUCGAGGCCUUCGUGCAGAGCUCCCGCGAGGCCGGGGGGCUGUGCAUCGCCCAGUCCAUCAAGAUCCCGCGGGAGCCGAAGCCGGGGGAGUUCUCCAAGGUCAUCGGGCGCCUGAUGGAGACGUCGACGGCGCGCGGGGUCGUGCUCUUCGCCAACGAGGACGACAUCCGGCGGGUGCUCGAGGCCGCCACCCUCGCCAACCUCUCGGGUCACUUCUCGUGGGUGGGCUCGGACAGUUGGGGGGCCAAGAUGGCUCCGGUGCAGGGCCUGGAGGAGGCGGCGCACGGGGCCAUCACCAUCCUCCCCAAACGAGCCUCGGUGCCCGGUUUUGACGAGUACUUCACGUCGCGCUCUCUGGAGAACAAUCGCCGCAACCUCUGGUUCCACGAGUUCUGGGAGGACGAUUUCAACUGCCGGCUGCCCCACGGCGCCGCCGCGCCCCACGGCGAGAGCGGGGGGAGCUCUGGGGUGCCCCUGCGCAAGUGCACAGGCCGGGAGCGCAUCGGCCGGGACUCCCCGUACGAGCAGGAGGGGAAGGUUCAGUUCGUCAUCGACGCCGUCCUGGCCAUGGCCCAUGGGCUGCACUCCCUGCUGGGCGAGGCCUGCCCGGGGGGGGGGCUCUGCCCCACCAUGGACCCCCCCGACGGGCGCCGCCUCCUCACACACAUCCGCAGGGUGGCCUUCAACGGCAGCGCGGGGACGCCGGUGUCCUUCAAUGAGAACGGGGACGCGCCCGGGCGUUACGACAUCUUCCAGUUCCAGGGGGGCAACGGCAGCGGCGCCUACCGGGCUGUGGGGCAGUGGGUGCAGGGGCUGCACCUGCAGGAGGACGCCAUGGCCUGGGGCUCCAACUCUUCCUCCCCUCCACCCUCGGUGUGCAGCCUCCCCUGCGGCCCCGGCGAGCGCAAGAAGCCGGUGAAGGGGGUCCCGUGCUGCUGGCACUGCGAGCUCUGCGGGGGCUACCAGUACCGGGCAGACCCCCUGAGCUGCCUGCCCUGCGCCCCACACCUGCGCCCCACACCCGACCGCACCGCCUGCCGCCCCACGCCGGUGCUGCGCCUGCGCUGGGCCGACCCCUGCGCCGCCGUGCCCCUGGCGCUGGCCACGCUGGGGCUGAUGGCCACCGCCUUCGUGCUGGCCACCUUCAUCCGGCACCACGAGACCCCCAUCGUCAAGGCCUCGGGGAGGGAGCUGAGUUACGUCCUGCUGGUUGGCAUCGCCCUGGUGUACGCCAUCACCUUCCUCAUGGUGGCCGAGCCCGGCGUGGGGGUCUGCGCCCUGCGGAGGCUCUUCCUGGGCGCGGGGAUGAGCCUGACCUACGCCGCGCUGCUGACCAAAACCAACCGCAUCUACCGCAUCUUCGAGCAGGGGAAGCGCUCGGUGACGCCGCCGCGUUUCAUCAGCCCCACGUCCCAGCUCGUCAUCACCUUCACCCUCAGCGGCCUCCAGCUGGUGGCCGCCGCCACUUGGCUGCUGGUCCGGCCCCCCCACGCCCUCAUCGACUACGAGAUGGGCCGGACCCCCGACCCCGAGGCGGCGCGGGGGGUCCUGCGCUGCGACAUGGCGGAGGGGGCGACGCUGGCGUGCCUGGCGUACGCGCUGCUGCUGAUGCUCACCUGCACCGUCUACGCCGUCAAGGCGCGCGGCGUCCCCGAGACCUUCAACGAGGCCAAGCCCAUCGGCUUCGCCAUGUACACAACGUGCGUGGUGUGGCUCGCCUUCGGACCCAUCUUCUUCGGGGCAGCGCAGUCGGCAGAGAGGGUUCACGUGCAGACGGCCACGCUGACGGUGUCCAUGUCUCUGUCGGCCUCGGUGCCGCUGGGGCUCCUCUACGCUCCCAAGGUUUACGUCAUCCUCCUGCACCCCGAGCGCAACCAGCCCAAACGGCGCGGGGCAGACCCCCCCCCGUAGGGACCCCCCGCUUUGGGGA